UAUCUUCUCGGAAUCAAAGUUAACGCCCUCUUAGAGUUCAGGUAUUUUCUGCACUAUUAUGAGGCUUUUAACAGAAAGGUCGUUGGGCUUAUCUGCGGCUUCACUGAUGUUCAAGGAGGAAGAUAUCUAGGUUGUUUCCUUACUGUCUAUCCUUAUUUUGUGAGCGGAGCCUCAGAAGGGAAGGACAGACGGGACUUGUUUCUGGAAGAAAAAAUGACUACAACCAACAUUACUAAACUGGAUUUAAAAUCUGCAGAUACAUUCCUGACUGCUCUUUACAUCUUAGUUUUUGUUGUUGGAUUGGUCCUGAAUUUAUGUGGAAUGAAGUGUUUGGUGCACAACUGGAAGAAACUUAGGAUUAUUAACAUCCUUGUUCUUAACCUUGGAGUAGCAGACAUGUUGUAUCUGCUAACUCACCCCUUUCUGAUUGUGUACUACAUUAAUAAGAAUGAAUGGACCUUUGGCGACGGAUUGUGCAAGGUAACAAGAUUCUGCUUCAACUUGAAUUUAUACGGCAGCAUUGGAUUCCUCACAUGUAUCAGUGUGUACCGGUACCUGGUCAUCGUCCAUCCAUUGAGAGUGAUGGGGAGAUUAACUAUGACUCAGUCUGUGGUCAUCUCUGUUGUGAUGUGGAUUCUGGCGAGUGUCAUAAGUUUCCCAGACAUGUCAUUCCCCAAAGAUUCAAUGAACUCUGGAGCGUGUUAUGACACAACUGAUUCGGAAAAUAUUGAGGAAUACCUGAUCUACAGCCUCUGCUGGACGUUCAUCGGAUUCUGCAUCCCUUUCAUCGUCAUUGUGUGCUGCUAUGGACAUGUGAUUCUUGUUGUCUGCCGCUCAAAUAUGAUGAAUGUAAACCAGAAACAACAAAUCUUAAAGCUGUUGGUUUUUUUGAUUCUUAUGUUCUCGUUUUGUUAUGCACCCUUCCAUGUUUCCAAGAACCUCAAUCUGUAUUCCAGAGUUCUGACUAAGCUGGGCAAACGUCCCACGUGGAAUAAUGUGGUCUUUAAAGCGCGUCAUGUAAGUUUUGGUCUUGUGAGCCUGAAUAGUGCUGUUAACCCACUGGUUUAUCUGUGUGUUUCUGAGGAUGUGGGUGCUCAGUGCAGGCAGCUGCUGCAGCAGAUGUUCAGUUGUUGUUUCAAGCUGAAAUCCAGAUCUGAGCCAGUACCACAGACUGAGAAAGAAGCUUUAAGUGCUUUGUGAUAUAUUUCUCUUUAAAUUGACCAUGUCGUGAGUGACAUUUUUGGUUCGUUCUCUAUGCUUUUAUUUUGUUAACUUGUUUACUUUCAGAGAUUCUAGAAAAUUAACAAUUAAAUAAGAAAUUAAGCGAAACUAUUCUCCCUUGCAAGUGAGUUUCACCUGAGAGGACAGAGGUUGAACCUACUUGUUUAGGAGUCAAAAUUAAAAUGAAUAAAACCAGCUGUGCAUUAGAUAAUGAAUUAUCUGAACAAAGUACUGCCUACUGUUCACCUAUUGGUAUAUAUUGUUUGUAGCUAACAGAUGGGGAAAGUAUUUGCUGCACAACUUUCUACUUAUUUACAGAUAGUCUGUAUAGCCAAAAUAGGACACAGUUUUAUCAUGAGUGCAACUUCAAAGAAGGAAAAAAAAAGUUCAUUUUUUAAAAAUAUAAUAAGGCAGUUGUAACAAAAACACUACUAGUAUUGAAUUUGUCUUGUUUAAAGUGUAUUCAUUUAGCGUUAGCAUUAUCUACAGUUAAAUGUGAUUAAAUAAGGAUGUCAGCUGCAUAAGGCAUUAACAAAUACAAACAUGUUCUUCAGUAUUAAAUACUUAUUUGUGGGAAACAUUAUAGUCGAUAGUUAAGAUGUUACUUUAACAUACUAUAAAUCUACAUUAAAACCCACCUGUUUAAAGUUGCUUUUGAAACAUUACAAAUGAAACAUUAAUUAACAUUCUGAUGUUUAAUGGCACUUGACAAGAUGUAAUGACUCAAUUAUUGACUGUGUUCUGUCUUUAUAUUGUUGUGUUUUUAUCAUGUAAAUCACUUUAAACCGCCUUGUUGCUAA